AAUAUAGAGCCUUCGACAAAAUAUACGGAAAAAAGAGUGCAAAAAAAUGGGCAAUUUAAAGGAUAAUUCGCUGUUAAAUAAGCCUAAUUUUUAUGAAUCUUUAUCAGGAGAUGUUGUUUGGAGUUGUUUAAAAAAAAACGCAUCAUUUUUGGUGAAACAGAGAGUAGGAAAACCGGUAGUUUUUUCAAGGGAAAAGGUUAAUCUUGUUAAUAAACAUGUAUAUUCUUAUUGUGGUCUUUUGAACGAUAAGGGAUUGGGUAUUGAAUCAGGAAAAAACAAUAAAGGAUUAGUAGUUUUUAUGAAGAAUUGUCAUUUAGAAGGCAGAAAUCGGCCUUCUUCUAUGCUUCGUAAGGUAUACUAUGGACCAAAAUCUCAUUGUUAUACGGUUCAACGUAUUAAGCGAUUAUUGGUUAAAAAAGAGUAUUCCCUAAAGCUUCAGAGUGCGGCUAUUUCUCGUGCAGCUUUACUUUUAUCUUCACAAACUGUUAAAAAACCUUUACCAGAAAAAAAAUCUAGAAAAAAAGUUUAAAACAUGAAAAAACAUAUAAAUAAAACAAAAGAUCC